GUCUACUCUCCUCAUCGUCGUGCGAGAACGAUGAAUUCGAACAAGCUCAGCACUCUACUGGCGCAAGAUAUUUCUGACCCAAGUGACUUUCCGAGUACAGCAAAACCUUUGCGCGACCUUGACUCGGCCGUGCGGUGCCCCAUUUGCUCGAACUACUUCAAUGGUCCAGUCUCGCUCCAGUGCGGGCAUACGUUUUGCUCCAUGUGCAUACGCGACACAUUGAAUGUCUCUUCUGCGAAGGCGCAAUGUCCGACAUGCAGGCAUCCAGCAAACGAGGGUCAGCUGAGGCCAAACCCGGGAAUAGAGUAUAUCGUUGGCGCGUGGAUAGAAUCCAGGCCAUCCGUGUUACAGUAUUCGAGAAAAGAGCAGUCUGAGCUCUUGGAAGAGCCUCCUAAGAAGAAGCGCAGAAUCAGUCCCGACAUAGAAUGUUUGGCGGCGCCCACGAGCCCACGGAAGUCUCCACAUAGCUCGUCGCCUCUGGAGGAGCCCACCCGGUCGGAGCCAGAACUUGAAGACAUGAUUCAGUGCCCCAUAUGUAGCCGCAGCAUGCGGUACAAAUCGAUCAACAUGCAUCUUGAAGACUGUUCUAGCAGUCCAAACGACCAGGCUGCAACAUCGGCUCCAAUGUCCAAGACGAAGGGGAAACCCAGAUCCACGGCUGCUGCAUGGGGCCAACUUCUGGGCGGCCCGCCGAAGAGUAAAGGGAAAGACAAGGAGAGAGACUUUGAUGACAGAUUGCCCAAGCUCUCUUAUGACACUCUCAAAGAGAAACAGAUACGGGAUAAGCUAGGAGAGCAUGGGCUUGUCACGAUCGGCGACAGAGCGACGUUGGUAGCGCGGCAUCAACGAUGGACAAUGCUCUGGAAUUCCAAUCACGACAAGGGGGUCGAACGACGACAAAAGAUUGGUGAGCUCAGGAGGGAGCUGAAAAAGUGGGAAGAGGAUCACGCCAGGCUGUUGAAGAAAAAGGGGGACACAGAGUCUAUCAAGCCUGAUGAGCAUCUGAAGGCUAAUCGCUCUGAGUUUAGUCGUUUGGUGGAGGAGGCUCGUAAAUCAAAACAUCAAGCUCAGAUAGUUGUGGAGGGUCC